UAAUACAUGCAGACCGCGAUACAUCCCAGCUGACUGGAACGUCAUAUGGGAGGGGAACGCGCUGCAAAGGACACACCUGACCUACCUGACGUUAGGGUGUACCAUCCUUAAACGUUACAUUAGGAAUAUAUUUCCUGAAACAAAGUGAAGGAUAAAGAUGAUGCCCAAACCUACCUCAAAAACCCAGAGCGUGCUCAUCGCCUUAGUUGUGUUUGUAUGUUUCCUGGCAAUAUUCUUAAUGUACUACGAACCAAGCAGAACUUGGUUUAAAUGUCCUGCCGCUAAGGUCCUGACAAAUAAUGUCAGCGCAGAACUUUGCCUCCGUCUUCUUAAGAUGGAGAAUUAUACUCAAACAGACUCGAAAAACAAUUGCAAUGAUGACUCUGAGACAAAGCGAGUGCAACACCCCAGAAAAACGACAACGCCAAGACCACCUACAACUACAACAGCUAUGAAACUGACUACAGCCAAGAGCGAUCCAGAGACCAUUAUUUUAAUCUGGAUGUGGCCUUUUGGUGUCCCUUUCACCAUGGAACCCUGUACAAAAUACAACAUUGACGGCUGUCGUUUAACAGAUGACAAAAACCUGUAUAACCAAGCUGACGGUGUUAUGAUUCAUCACAGAGACAUCAGAGGGGAUUUAUCCAACAUUCCACAACAACCACGACCCGUCUUCCAGAAAUGGGUUUGGUGGAAUAUGGAGUCUCCAACCCAUUCACCAAAUUAUCCUAAACUGAAGGAGAUGUUCAAUUUGACUUCGAGUUACCGCAGAGAUUCGGAUAUCCCAGUGCCAUACGGUUCAAUAGUUCAGACCAAGGGUAAGGAGAUAAAUUACACAAUCCCCAAGAAGGAUAAAUUAGUAUGCUGGAUAGUAAGCAACUGGAAUCCCAACUAUAAACGGACACAUUUCUUUAGUGAGUUUUCAAAGCAUAUCACAGUCGAGGGCUACGGUGGACACUUCAACAGACGUAUUAGUGGUGAUGAUUAUGCGAAGACGAUGGCGAGUUGUAAAUUCUACCUAUCGUUUGAGAAUUCUGUUCAUAAAGACUACAUUACGGAAAAGUUGUUCAAGCCUCUGAACAUUGGCACGGUUCCUGUGGUUCUUGGCUCGUCCAGAGAGAACUACGAGCAGUAUAUCCCAGGUGAAGCAUUCAUCCACGUAGACGACUUCAAGACCCCAAAAGAACUUGCGGAUCAUCUGAAAAGUUUGGACAAAAAUGAGGACUUAUAUAUGCAGCACUUUACAUGGAAAAAGAAUUUUAUUGUAAAGGAAAGCAGUUUUGGUCCGAUACAUUCCUGUCUGUCCUGUGCACAUAUUAGAAGGUUUAAGGACUACAAAGUGGUGAAGGAUCUCAACGCCUGGUGGUUUGUUUAGAAAUACACAAAUGGACCUGAGGGAACCGGGUCUGUUUCUAUGUUGGUCCAGGCUGGCACACAGCAAAGGAGGUUUUUUCUGGUAAAGCUGGUUUUUCUACCAACUAUACUUAAGGUCAAGUUUAUCAUUGUUGUGGCUGGAAAUACUGGUUAGCUCGGAGGCCAACCUUGUUUGAAACAUAUAGAAAAAUGCGUUGAGACUCGAAAAUCGACAAAUGACAUUUUAACUCCUGUUCUCCCCAUCCAACUUAUUUUCUUAUUUUGCCAAGCAGAUUUUUAUUCACACUGUGAACUAAUUUUUCAUUCUUUUUAGAAACUGAAGUCAUUCUUAAAAUUGUUUGGCCAUCAUGCCACAGAUAAUAUAUAAACUUGCUUUUUUUCAGGGAAUGGGAAAUAUUAAUGUUUUGUCAAAGUUGAUCAUGUGGCUGGGUACAUGGGCAGACACUUGCAUGUGCCAUUACUUUAUAGGUCAAAAAUUAAUAAAGGGUGUUGGCAGUU